AUGAAGGUCUCUGUUUUCGUUCUCGGCGCCGUUGCCCAGGUGGCAUCUGCCCACUACUUCUUCGACGCCACGGUCGUCAACGGUGUUGCCUCGUCGUCUUUCAAGUACAUUCGGGACUUCACUCGCCCAACGAAGUACAACCCCAUCAAGUUCUCGUCCAACCCUGCUGCGGACAUUCGUGACAACUCUCACGUCGAUGGACCCGAUAUCAGGUGCAACCAGGGCGCCUUUUCCGCGGCCGGCCGCACCGAGGUGUUGACCGUUAGCGCCGGCUCCGAGGUUAAGGUCCAGCUGGGCGUUGGUGCCAAGAUGCAGCACCCAGCAAGAGAGCAAGAUCUAAUGUUGGCGACGGAUAUAGGACCCUCUCUGGUCUAUCUGUCCCGCGCCCCUGGUGACAACGUUAAGGCCUAUGAUGGAUCUGGAGACUGGUUCAAGAUCUACCAGGAUGGUGUCUGCAACACGGCCGCCGACUUCACCAAGAACGCUUGGUGCUCCUACGACAAGAACUUCAUUGCUGCCACUAUCCCAAAGAACACCCCCAGCGGAGAGUACCUCUUCCGUGCUGAGCACAUCGGCAUUCACCGCUCCCACGUCAACCAGCCCGAGCACUAUGUCUCUUGUGUGCAGAUCAAGGUUGUGAACGGAGGAACCGGCACCCCCGGGCCCAUGGUCAAGUUCCCCGGCGCCUACAAGGACACCGACGCCUACGCGAAGUUCAGCAUCUACGGCGGCCAGAAGGCCUUCCCCUUCCCCGGCCCUGCCGUCUGGAGCGGUGCUGCUGGUAGCUCUUCUUCCAGCGCCGCUGCGGCCGAGGUUCCUGCUGCCGCUGCUCCCGCCACGACCCCCGCCACAACCCCUGCUGCUGCUGCUGGCUCCAAGUGCUCCUCCUUCUACGGACAGUGUGGUGGGAAGGGAUUCACUGGCUCCACGUGCUGUUCUCGCGGAUCUUGCAAGGUUGUCAACGAGUGGUACUCGCAGUGCGUGUAA